UCCCACCGGGGUUUCCCAGGUCAACUGCGACAGCAAAACUAGCAAUGCUGACAAGAUUUUAGUACAAAAUGUGAAAUUGAAUAACGUUGGUGAGAAACCCUACAUGUGUGGGGAGUGUGGAUACAGGGCGACUUGGUGGUCAGAGUUAUCCCGACAUAUGAGAACCCAUACAGGAGAAAAACCCUACAAGUGUGACCAGUGUGACUAUGCUGCAACACACAAGGCAACUUUGGACCGGCAUUUAGCAAUACACACCGGUGAGAAACCCUACAUGUGUGGGGAGUGUGGAUACAGGGCAACUCAGAAGUCUACCUUAUCCCGACACAUGAGAACCCAUACAGGAGAAAAACCCUACAAAUGUGACCAGUGUGACUAUUCUGCAACAUUAAAAUGCACCUUGGACACACAUCUAUUAAAACACACCGGUGAGAAACCCUACAUGUGUGGGGAGUGUGGAUACAGGUCAGCUAAAAAGUCUGACGUUUCCCAACAUAUGAGAGGCCAUACAGGAGAAAAACCCUACAAGUGUGACCAGUGUGACUUUUCUACUGCACGGAAAUCUACUUUGAACAAACAUCUAGCAACACACGAUGGAGUGGACCACUACAUUUGUGGGGAGUGUGGGUACCGGACAACCAACAGAUCUGCCUUAUCCCAACACAUGCGAAUCCAUAAAACUUAUAAAAGAGAAAAACCUUGCAUGUGCCAUCUAUGUAACAACUCUGCAGCUAGACAGUCCGAACUGUCUGCACAUUUUAUAGAUCAAUCAAAUUUGAUAAAUCACGAGAAAGAAGCUGAAUCUACUUGUGUGAGAAAUGUACAACCAAGAAAUUUGUCUCCUUGUAGCAAGAAAGUCAAAAUGGAAGAAGAACCUUUCCAGGAGUGACCAUGUUAGCUGUAGUGUUAGUCUGUACCUGGGCCUGAAAACUACACCCUAGUAAACAAAUUUGCACCAGAAUCGGACAUAUUCAGGCAUAUUAUCAUUUUUACUGCAAAAUAUGUGCCCAAGGAAACCCUAUGUGAAAUCGCACCAAAUACUAGUACGGUAUAUGUAGCUUUUGCACCUGGGAUACGUUUAGUACAUAAGAUUUGAUUUGAUGUAUUGAAAUAUGAUUUGAUUUGAUUUAUUGAAAUUGCAACAGUGCAAUACAUGCGGAACAGA